AUGAGCAACCUUGAAACAAAAGAUGCAGAAGCCUUGCAGAAAGCAGAGAGCUUUGUUCCGAACAGUGAACUCCAGGAGGAAGCUGGCUCUGCAGAGGACGUUGCAGAAAAGCCCACAGAGACCUCGCCUUUGGUGGUGUUUGAAAACAUACAAGGAUGCAGUCCAAAAUGCUUACGUAUGCUGUUGGAGAACAUCAGUGGCCUGGCAGUAGAUGAUGACUUCACUGUGGAAGUGAUACCUGAAAUAAAUGUUGCCGUAGCUACCUUUAUAAAAAGUAUCGAUACUGAAGAACUAGUCAAAAAAUGUUUGCAAAACAAAAGAAUUAAAGAAUUCAAAAUUACUGCCAGGCUUCUUGAAUUGACCCAGAGCAUCAAGGCUGAAAACAUACCAGCCAGCGUUUCCACAGACUACAUCACCAUUUACUUUGAGAGUGUGCGGAACGGAGGGGGACCUGUGUCUGACGUCCAGCUCUUCCCUGAGGAGAACUCGGCCAUCAUUACUUUCUGUGAUCACAAAGAUGUAAACACUGUCUUGAAAAAGAAGCAUUUACUGGAACAGACACAGAUUUCUGUGUAUCCGUAUUACCACUCCCUGGGAACAGCUCUCUAUGGAGAAGAAAGACCAACUAUCAGGAUGCCAGACCCCUUUGGGGUGCCACUAGAUCCAUAUAUCUGGCAGUUUUUACAAAGGCAGGCUCAACUGAUCCAAGACAUAAAUCAGGAAAUGGCAGUUUGCCAUUGUGAGCUAAAAUGGCCACAGACAGACUGUGCACACCCAGAAAUUAUGUUGUGCCCGUCGUCAUCUCUCUCCAAGCAGAAAAACCCAAUGAUUAAGUUGAUCAAGACAUGGAAGCAAGAUGCUUCUACUGAGUUCUCACGUAUCAUGUCACGUUACAUAGCUAUAAAAUGUAAAGUACAUUCAGUGGAUUGGGAAGAUGUGAAAAACAGAUUGGUGAAAGAUGUUGCUUUGAUCAUAACUGAUAUUUCUGAGGAGAUGGUGGUGAUUGCAGGCAAAAGAGCAGCAGUGGACAAUGCAGAGAAGGAAGUGAGGGAAUGCAUGGAAAAAGCUAUGAAGGAGAGUGAAAGGAAAAAACAAAGCAUAGAAAUUUCUGUGUCGGUAAAGCCAGGGAAGUAUGCUGUUCUGCACAAUGCUGGGCUAGAAGAGAAUAUUCACAGAGAAUAUCCGUGCUUAAAGAUCUUUUAUGAUGAGAACAAAAAAACUGUUCAGUUGUGUGGAUUACCUGCGGAAGUAUAUAAAAGCAAAGCUGAAUUACUGGAAAAGGUAUUGAACAUGCCAUCUACAUCAGUUACCAUUGAUCCCCAUGUUUUCUGCUAUCUACAGCGUGUAGAUAAUAAACCAAUGUCAGAGUCAUUAUUCACUAGGAAAAAAAUUAAUGCUUUUUAUGAGCUUGAGAAUGAUACUGUGUUGCUAUUUGGAGAUGCUCCCAAAGAUCUUAUAGAAGCAGAAAAGCAAAUAAAGACAGGCUUACGAUAUGAGUGCAUCAAUGUGGAGGACGGUGAGGUCAUUAAAAAGGAGCAGUGGAGGAGUCUUCUUGCCUCCUUGCUUAAGAAGUACAGUUCUUCCCAGGAAACUCUAGUCAUUGAUGAACCUGCUGGAAAAGAAAAUCAAGUGAUUAUUGUUGGCUUUUCUAAGCCCGUAACAGCAGUUUAUCAGAAACUUAAUGAUUUUAUAGAUAGAAACACACACGUAGAAAAAGUAAUCCCGGCUAAGUCGGUAGUGGUAGUGCAGUUUGUAGAGAAGGAAAAAUCCAGUGUUUGUCUUGAAUUGAGGAAGAAAGGCGUGACAGUACAUUUUGACACCAAGACACCAUGUUUUUCCCUGAGUGGACCAAGAGCAGAAGUGCCAAAAGCAGUCACUACAUUUGAAAAAAUUAUCUCAUCCCUUUACUCAAAAAAUGUGCCAAUUGAUAAACCAGGAGCCAGAGAGUUCUUCUCUGAGAGGAAAGAUUCAUGUGUUUUGGAGGCAAAGCAGAAAUUUAACUGUUUGAUUAGGCUGGAAGAAGAAGAAGAGCAACAGCAACAACAACAGCAACAGAAGGGUGAAAACGUCAAUAAAGAGAAAAGAAAGCUCAGCUACAAGAAAGUGCUGCCAGAUGGAGUGGUAGUAGCAGUGUAUAAUGGUAACUUGUGUAAUUACCCCGUUGAUGUUGUGGUAAAUGCAUCUAAUGAAGACUUAAAACACAUCGGUGGCCUUGCUGAGGUACUGUCAAAAGCAGCUGGUCCGGAGCUGCAGCAGGAGUGUGACGAGCUGGUGAGGAAGCAUGGGAAAUUUCAGCCUGGGCGCGCAGUUAUCACGGGUCCUGGGAGACUCCCCUGCAAGAACGUCAUUCAUGCUGUGGGGCCCAGGUGGAGGAAGCAAGCAGCAGAAGACUGCGUGAACUUGUUAAGAAAGACAGUGAAGAACAGUCUACGAUUAGCCGAAACAUACAAUCAUCAUUCUAUAGCUCUGCCUGCUAUAAGUGGAGGGUUUUUUGGCUUCCCACUGCAGACAUGUGCAGAUUCAAUUGUAUCCUCCAUUAAGGAGACCUUGGAAGAGUUCAUGGGGGACAGCAGCUUGAAGGAGGUUCAUCUGGUGGAUUAUGCAGAAGAAACAGUUCAGGUUCUGAGUGAGACAGUAAAAAAAGUGUUUACAGCUAAGACCUCUCCCCCGAAACUGCCGACGCCGCGCUUGGUAGACUGUAAGCCAAGAGAAACCCAGAAGGAGAAGAGAAAAGAGGAUCUGCACAUGGUUACGACAAAGGAAGGACUGCGCAUCCGAGUGGAGGAGAAAAAUGUUCAGGAGGCCACGACGGAUGUUAUUGUCAACAGUGUUGGCACAGAUCUGAAGUUUGGUGUGGGGCCUCUUUGCAAAGCCUUGCUGGAAAAGGCUGGACCAGCACUCCAAGCAGAGUUUGACAAAGAAAAACAAACACAGGCUGCUGGUCAAGGGAGUGUGCUCUGCACCAGUGGAUGUGCUCUGGCCUGCAAGUCCGUGUUUCAUGCCAUACUUCCCGUGUGGGAUGGAGGAAAAGGACAGGCCCUGAAGCAUCUAGAAGAUAUAAUCAAUUUCUGCUUGAAGAAAACUGAAGCACUUGGGCUGAAUUCGAUCACUUUACCAGCUAUUGGAACUGGAGGAUUUGGAUUUCCUAAAACUGUUGUUUCUAAGUUAAUGUUUGAUGUGGCAUUCAAGUUCAGUAGCAGCCACACUCGGAAGACUCUUCAGGAAGUUCAUUUUCUCUUGAAGCCAAAAGAUACGGAUAACAUUCAGGCUUUUACCACUGAACUAAAACAUAGGGUAGCUGAAAGUUGCCAUGCUGCAGCACCACAGCCAAGUUUCAUUAGGCAUGUUUCAACUGAAGAACUGGGAGUUCAUGAAAUGCAGAUUGGUGCCAUUACACUCCAAGUAAUUAGUGGAGAUAUUACCAAGGAGGAUACAGAGGUUAUUGUAAGCAUAUCAAAUCCAACCUUUGAUGCCAUUUCAGGGGUCUUCAAAGCAAUUAUGGAUGCUGCUGGUUCCGAGAUAGAAGACGAAUUUAAUCAACAUGCUGAGCAGUCUCAAAGUGGCUUUAUUACUACGCAAGGUGGAAAACUGUUGUGCAGCAAAAUCAUCCACUUGUUUCCCAGUGACGACGUGAAGAGUCAGGUCUCCAAAGUCCUUCAUGAGUGUGAGCUAAGGAUGUACAAAUCUGUCGCUUUCCCGGCAAUUGGAACAGGUCAGGCAGGACAGAGCCCAGCAAAGGUAGCUGAUGACAUGUUGGAUGCUAUAGUGGAAUUUGUAAGCAAAAGAUCAGUACAGUAUUUGAAAAAAAUUAAAAUCGUCAUCUUCCAGACACAUAUGCUCAGAGACUUUUACGAAAGCAUGAAGAAAAGAGAAGAUUCAGAUUUACCCACAAGAGAUUCAUGGAUGUCUAUGUUUAAAUCAUUUUUUUGGGGCAAAAAACCAUCCACUGAGAAGAAAAAGCCUGUGGUUUUGGAGAAGAAAGUUGAUGUAGCCACAUUUCAAAUUUGUGGAGAAAGCCAAAAAAAUGUGGAUGCAACUGAGUCGUGGAUAAAGAAUUUAAUUUUAAAGGAACAGCUUGAAAACAGUAUUUCAGAUGAGCUAAUUGUACAUUUUGGUGAGAGUCAAAUUGAUACUUUAGCAGAUCUCCAGAGAAGAAUGCAUGUUACCAUUCAGCUUGAAAGUAAACUUUUCCCCCCUUGCAUUAAAAUUUCUGGUAUUAGCAGGGAUGUCUUUUAUGUUUCUGUGAAAAUUCAAAAAAUGAUCCAAAAAAUGAAGGAUGCUCAAGAAGAACAAUCCAAAGCGGAACUUGUUUAUAACCUGGUAGAAUGGAGGUAUCCAGGAAGCAAUGAUAGCUUUGUUGCUUUUGAUAAACUGACAAAUAUGCACCUUGAGGAUGCCAAAAUAGCUAAAAAAUCACAUCUUACUGUCAAAAUUAACAAGAAGGACUACAAGGUGGAUCUGAAUACUCUACAGGCUAAUGAUGACCAAGGAGAAACUAUAAUCAUUCAACGUGUGCCAAAGAAUGAAGAUAAGCAGUCAAUAGCGCUUCCUGAGCAGUGGGAAGACAUGCAUGAGGAACGGGUCAAACUGGUGAAUCUCAAGCCAUCAUAUCAUGAAUACCUGGAAGUUGAGAAUAAAUUUAAGAAAACCUGUCCCAGCUUUGUCGUAGAGAAGAUUGAAAGAAUACAAAAUCCCUUCCUCUGGCAGACAUACCAAAUUAAAAAAAUCUCUCUCGGUAAAAAGAACAAAAAUCAAAAUAAUGAGAAGUUGUUAUUUCACGGGACAGCUGCAUCCUCAUUGAGCACAAUCAACUACAAUGGAUUUAAUCGUGGUUUUGCUGGAAAGAACGCUGCAGUCAUUGGAAAUGGAACCUACUUUGCUGUUGAUGCGAGUUAUUCUGCUCAGGAUACUUAUUCCAUCCCAGAUAUGAAUGGCAGAAGAUACAUGUACUUGGCUCGAGUCCUCACGGGGCAGUACUGUGCUGGGAGCGGAGGACUCAUCACUCCACCACCAAAAAACCCAGCAGAUCCUACUGACCUCUAUGACAGCGUGGUUGAUAAUGUGAAUAAUCCAGUAAUGUUUGUAAUAUUUAAUGACAUUCAGGCAUACCCUGAAUACCUUAUUACUUUCAGAAAAUAG